GCUGUGAGAUGUUUUGAAUGCCUGUGGGGAUGCCAUGUCAAUACGCAGCGCUGCUGGGACCAGCCUUUGGAGGCGUAGCUCUCUUAUCAGCAAGUGCAAGUCGAGGGAGUGGAUCGCAUUUACUGCGGCAGCAGGACCGAGGCACACGCAAAGUGUUUCUCUCUGCCUUUAAACACCAGAAGUGAUCGCAAACAAAUCUGAUCCUCAGAGGAGAAACUGAGAUAAAAAAGGGGGAAGAAGAAAGAAGAAAAGAAAGCAGGUGCCACCCCCUAAGUCUUGUGUCCCAGUGGUCUGUGGCCUUCCCCCAGUGUUACAAAAUGAGCCUCAGCGCCACUGACCUAGAGGAACUGUGGGAGUCCCUCGACGACCUGAACAUCUCUGACACCUUAAGCAACAUAUCAAGAGUGGACGUGAUGGUGUGCAGCACAGCUUUCAACCGGGAUGCUUUGCUCUACUCCAUGUGUGUCCUCUACACGUUCAUCUUCAUCGUCGGCCUGGCUGCCAAUGCUCUGGUCCUCUGGGUGAACCUCCGUGCCCAAAGGGACUCCACCCCUCGCCAUGAGACGCACAUGUACAUUGCCCACCUGGCAGUUGCAGAUUUAUGCGUUUGUGUCACUCUGCCUGUGUGGGUGAGCUCCCUGGCCCAACAUGGGCACUGGCCAUUUGGCGAAGUGGCAUGUAAGCUCACGCACCUGCUCUUCUCUGUGAACCUCUUCGGCAGCAUCUUCUUCCUGGCCUGCAUGAGCGUCGACCGCUACCUAAGCGCGAUGCAGCACCGGGAAGAGGGAGGGGCGCGCAGAAAGCUGAUCCGCCGCGCCGCGUGUUUUGGGGUGUGGCUUCUGGCUCUGGCGGCGUCCACUCCUGAAACCUACUACCUGCGUGCCGUGAAGUCCGCGCACGGGGACACCAUGAUGUGCAGGCCGGAGUAUCCGGAGGAAAACCACAGGGAGUGGAUGGUGGGAGUGCAGCUCAGUUUCAUCCUGCUGGGGUUUGCUCUUCCCUUUCCAGUCAUCGCAGUGUUUUAUGCCCUGCUGGCAAGAGCAUUCAGCCGCACCUCUUCCUCCUCCUCAUCGUCUUCCCAUGUGGAGCAGGAGCGCCGUGUGAGCCGCAGGGUGAUUCUGGCCUACAUUGUGGUUUUCCUGGCCUGCUGGGGUCCCUAUCAUGCCGCUCUGCUGGUCGACGCGCUGUCACAACUGGGCCUGGUGCCCCUGACAUGUGGCCUGGAGAAUGUGCUCUACGUGGCCUUGCACCUCACUCAGUGCCUGUCCCUGCUCCACUGCUGUUUCAACCCCAUUCUCUACAACUUUAUUAAUCGAAACUACCGCUAUGACCUCAUGAAGGCCUUCAUUUUUAAAUACUCAACUCGGACAGGCUUGGCACGUCUCAUCGAGACGAAUAACAUAUCAGAGACUGAAUACUCAGCUGUAGAAAACCCACCACUGAUCCCGUCUCAGUGAGUCUGGUGGAGUAUGAACUUGUGCCACACUUGAUUUAUCUGCUCCAAACCAAUCCAGCAUCCCUUCCACAGACAUCUGCUUUAGACCUAGAAAGACUUGAAGACUGAUCAGAAAGCACUUAAAGCAGUUUAUGAUAGCAGCUGACUUACAAAUCAUUGUAGAUGUAAAGCCAAAACCGAGUGUAAAUUGUGUAAAAUCAUUGUUUUUAUUAUGUAUGUAUGUAUGCUCUGUACAUUAGCGUGUCUGUAGACAGUGUGCAAGAUGUGUAUUAUUAGCAGAAGAAUAUCUUUGUAUCUACCUUUUGUAUUUAUAUACAUUUACACUGUUUGCCUAUAUUGUGUUUGAAUACGAAGUCUCCGCACAGUUGCUCAUAUUGUAAAACAUUUCCUCAUCAUUUGUAGCUGAGCCACUGCCUGGCUCUACGCUUUAGUCCUGCUGCCUCAUUGUGAAUCAUAACCUCAUUUCGCGUCAGCUGAAGCCUUCAGAAAAGGGAUGUUUCUUUUACAAAUCCUAAAGACAAUCUAUCACUGUUCUCCCAAAUUCUUUUCUCGCGUUUUUCUUAAAUAUUUAUAGCUUUCUUCUCUCUGUAACUUGAUUAUGAAGCAAGAUUCUGCUAGCUAGCUUAGCUCUGGUUAGCUUGCUAUACCUUGGCCUAACAACUGAGCUUCAAGUUAUUGCAUUUCUUUUUUUUGACACAAUGUUCUGUUAUAAAGAGUUAAUUAUUGCUGUUGCAGUACAUAACUCUAUCAGUAUCCUCAUUUAGUGCAAAUCCAGAUUGGUUGGUCUUGGAGGUGCUAAGGCCAGUUCAAUCGGGACUGAAAGAAAGGCAGAUUGAAAAAAUGUAAAAAGACCCUCCAAUCUAAAAAAAUAUCUCUGUAUAAAUCUGUUUAAUCUUUUUGCUCUUCACACCAGAAACCUUUUGGUCUUCCUUUUUCUGUUUUUGCACAAGGAUCAAUGCAAACACGACAAUAGUUUAAAAGUUUCUAAACUAGCGUACUCAUAAGCCGCUGUGACCCUUUUGAAACUGAAGACAUUUUAAGAUGAUAAAGGUGCACUUUUUUCUUGUUACCUCCCAUAGUAGCCAUUAGCUCUAUGCUCCGGGAUCCACUGCUCUGAAUAUUAAAUGAAGACACUGAGAGAGCUGAGAUCUUAACUCAUAAACUUUUAGCAGAACCUCACUGAAAAAAAAAAAAUCAGAACUUUCUUUUUUCUUUUGGAUGGAAAUGUUUCCCAAUUUUAUCUGUAGGCUUCUGCUGAGACUACUGAUCUUAGAAAGCAAAAACGCAAAGUUCCUGAUGUUACUGAAUGCUCCUUUAUUACAUAAUACAGUGUAUUUUUCUAAGCCAGUAAAUUAUAGAAUUGAAAGUGGUGGCAGUUACACAUGUCAGUGUGCUAAUAAUCCUUGUAUGUCAGCACGCAGGCCACAGAUAGCUCACAUUUUAUGAGCUAAUAACAUGAACGAGCAGCUUUCUUCCUGUGAUGGAGGCUGCAGCUGUGGCGUGCAGCAUUCAUAUGUGCCUCUUUUAGACCAAACUGCAUUAAUGUCAAUGUUUGAACUCAGAUGUGAGUGUGCAUGAACCAAAAGCUUGAUACCAAGGGAUAAUGUUUUAUGUGUUAUAAGUAUUGAGAGACACAUUCUGUUCAUGCUAUUGUUUUGAUAUGAUGUCAUAGCUUUUUUUUUUUUUGCAUCACAGUUAUAUGAAAAAAAAAGGAUUGUACGUAGGACAGAGAAAGAGCAGAGACACAUACAUGGCUUUGCAAGAUGACAAGCAUUCCCUUUACAUUGUAAUUUGUAGCAUAUGUUUGUUUUAUAAUAAAAACAACAAAAACA